AUGCCUGCAGACUGCAAGGAAAAUGCAGCAGCAGCAGACGCAGCAGCAGAUCCGCAGCCGCAGCAGCAGCAGCAGCAGCAACAGCAGCAGCAGCAGCAGCAGCAGCAGCAGCAGCAGCAAAAAGCCCAAACAGCUCCCCCAGUGCCAGAGGCGAUGCCCUCAGCAGCAGCUUUGACUCGCGCCAUGAGAGGUAAAUAA